GGCUAAAGCGUUUGGUGCCCAGAAGCCACGCAAAGCCUACGACGAUGAGCGCGGUGAAGGUCGUUCCCUUUGCUUCGAGCGUUUAACUACCAAAACGGAAUUUUGAGGAGGUAAUUAUUUUGGGGAAUACUUUUAUCUAAUUGUAUGUAACGUGAUUUGAUGGAAAAUUCUCUUUGUUCGUUUAAAUACCUUGGAGUGAUAACGAGGAGUGCAAUCGAAAACUGACAUAACAUGCAACAAUCGCGAGUAGACGGAAACCUCAAACGGUACACUUUGCGAGCCUCGUGAGCGACAAUCAGCGCGCAACUUGUAGCCCAGAAGAAGAGUAUUCUUGUACCUUUCAAGUGGCUAACGUGUCGGAGGCUUUAUGGGCACUUCGUCGCGUAGUUUCGAUCUGACUAGAUAAUAUAUUAAAUUUUUCUACAAAAAGAUAAGCAAAAUGACAACCCAGGUGGCGCUAGACUCAUUGGAUAAGGAUCAAAUGAAAACGUUUCAAGACUUUCUGAUGUCUUACAACAAACUGUCCGAAAUUUGUUUUAUGGACUGCAUAAGAGACUUCACCACAAGGAAAGUGCAUUCGGACGAGGAACGUUGCUCGCUGAAUUGUAUGGAAAAGUAUUUGAAGAUGAAUCAGAGAAUAUCACAACGAUUUCAAGAGUUUCAAAUGAUAGCUAAUGAGAAUGCAAUGGCGAUGGCCCAGAAAACAGGAAAAAUGUAGUGCGACCCAAUAAACAUCUCAACCGUGAUUAAAGUCGCAGUCUUGUCCUUUCUGUCAAAAUGCUAAUAUAUAGACAAUAACAAAUCAUGGAUUGUGGAAUUUAGUGGUUUAUUAAUCGUCACGAAGAAAAUAUUUGGUUUAGAAUUUGUUGCUGUACAUAUUGAUGGAGAUACGAGGACUAGGAAAUGUAAAUAUAAGCUUUCGCUUGAAAGUUAAUGCUUGCGAGUACCGUUAACAUAUGCGGUAAUUGGAGUCUUUACGAGGGGCAACACUGAAAGAGUAGUCGAAAGUAUAUAAUUUGAGGAAUUUUUUUAACCUUUAGAAUAGUGGCCUCGGCGAAAAGUUCCGGGGCAACUUCGCAAUUCGAAGAGCAGAUGUAUUUUAACUUAAAUCACAUUAGGAGGACUUAGUAGUUCUCUUUUUACCACAGUUCGUACUCAGAAAUAGUCAGAUGCGGCAAAAACGAAAAGGAUCGGAUGCCAUCCCCUUUGUCGCUGGGUAGUAAAAUCCCGAGGGAAGUAUUGUGUUUUAUUCAAGCGUUUACGUGCGCGUCCUUUCGUAGUUUCAGGAUAGUAAAAUCCAGAGGAAAUUAUUGUGCUUUAUUCAAGCGCUUUCUUGAGCGUCCUUUCGAAGUUGCAGGUAAGU